ACAGGUAUUCGACACAGUUAAUAAUCUGAGGCGUACAAAAACGACGACAAAAUCAAAGUUUGUCAUCUUGUUAAACACUCAAAGCUCGUCCAAUUGAUUACAACAGAAAUGGAAAGUUCUACAGAGGCAACUAGAAGCAAUAUGGAACCAACAACUGAGAGCUCCGAUAAAUCUGUGCAUUAUUAUAAGAAGAAAUCAAACUCAUACAGCAGUCAAGCAGAAGCUAUGUCAUUUUUUGAAGAAGGAAAUUUUUGUAUGAAUAGUGGUGAUUAUGGAACAGCAGUUGAAAACUACAAAAGAUGUUUGGAAAAUGCCGAAGAGAAUAAUGUCAAAAUGAUGGUUUAUUUUGGUCUUGGUAACGCUUACACCCUCUGUGAUAAUUGGGAGGAAGGAUUGAACAGUUUUAAUCAUUGCUUAAAGUUUUCGUGUAAAGUUGAAAGUGAAUAUUUUGAACAUCAAGUAUACCUUGGCCUGGGGAGUGUUCAUUCUACCAUUAAAAGAUUGGAGGACGCAGUGAAGAAAGAUGAAAUGGAAUGUCUCUGCCAUAUUGCAUUGGGAGGAUUGAAUAAGUUGCUUAAAAAUUAUGAGCAAUCUUUGGACCAUUAUAAAAAAGGAUUCUGUCUUAUUGAAUCUCAACAGCAACAACAUGAACAGCAUCAUCGACCACAACGACAAAGAAAAGUUGGUGGUAUCAACGCAAGAGUGGUUGAACUGAUAAAUCAACAUAAUCUUGUUCGAGAACAUAUUCCAACACAUUGGCUUAGUUCCAAAGAGGUGUGGGAUGCUCUGUUAAAGAAAAUGCCAAUGACUGUAAUGAUACGUAACUUAAACAAAAUGACUUCCAUUCGCUUGCUUGCUGAAGGAUCACCUCAGGUUAAAUAUGUUUGUGAUAAACUGCACAACGAGGAUCUGCUAAGAAAUACUCGUAUCCAUCCAUUUAACAUGCUGUUAGCUUGGAGAACGUACAAGUCUGGAAAGGGUGAGAAGGGUUUUCUAAAAUGGAAAGCCAAUGUGGAAAUAACCAAAGCAUUGCAGAAAGCAUUUUAUUUAUCAUUUAAGAAUGUUGAACCAACAGGAAAAAGUUACAUGCUAGCCAUGGAUGUAAGUGGCUCAAUGCAAUCCAAUGGAUGUAUUGGUGCAAGUACAAUCAAACCUCAUGUGGCUUCUGCUGCAAUGGCUAUGAUGACAGCACGAACAGAAAAACAUCCCAAAUUUGUUGCAUUUAGUCAUGAAAUAGUUCCGAUGAAGAUCUCCAGUAACAUGAAUUUGAAUGAAGUUUUGAAGAUUUGUAAUGAAAUUCGAAUGGGUAAAACAGAUUGUGCUCAACCCAUGCUUUAUGCCAUUGACAAAAAUUUGAAGAUUGAUGUCUUUAUUGUUUACACAGACUCUGAAACAUAUCAUGGCAAAGUUCAUCCAAGGGAGGCUCUCAAACAAUAUCGUCACCAUUCAGGGAUUCACGAUGCUAAACUCAUUUUUAGAUUGUGAGCAUUUUUUAUAAGAUUUGAUAAAAAAUGGAAUACCUGAUUUAUACAGAUGUGCCAACUUUUCAAUGAGGGUGACAUGAUGCAGUUAAACAAAAAAAAUCGAAUUAUAUAUCAAAAAAUUUAUCACACUAGUUUAACUAUUGUGGAUUACCACAUAGUUAGCAUGGCACACACACAACUUUUCGAAACCCCUGCGGUUGAAUGUAUUGUUUUAUAUGCAAGUGUUUAUUAUAUAUUUCUGGGCUUGUUUUCUUGUUGUACCGACAGAAAAUCCCAGAAGAAAAGAGUUGUCUGCUCGAAAUAUCAAGGUGUAUGUAAGAAGAAUCAAACCAAGUCAAUGAUAUGAGACUGAGAGUAUUUUCCAAAAUUGUUGUUGUGAAUCGAUUUAAUGCCUUUAGUUCAUGUUUUGUACUCCAAAUUUCUACACUAAGUUAUUGGUUGAAAGAACGAUUGUUGGCAAUGUAUUCAGCAGCUUUACCAGUCAAUGUUAUGCUUUUAAACAUAAAAAUAUAACAACCAUCGCCUGCAAGACUUCACUAAAGUGCAUCCGUUAGCAAAGAAAGGGUUGUCUAAUAAGGAUGUGGA